AUGAAUAACCAACUAACCAAUUUCACCGACCAAGAAAUCCUUAAUGAAGCCAAAAAAAGAAUUGAAAAAGAUAAAAUAUUAUGCUUGCUCAAAGAUUUAAGCAUCCGGAUCCAAGACGGAGAAAUUAAAAGUGAUUGGCACGAUUUAGGAGCUGGCACUGGGGUUAUUUGUGAUGCUGACGGCUGCACUAGUCUUUUUUAUCAAGAUAACGACUAUCUUUAUUCGGUUGACUUGAAAACCGCUUCCACUUACACGGCAACAACUAUUUCAUCUAUACUUGCCAUACCUGCCAAAGCAAGCAAAUCAAAAAAGGCACCAAACCCAAAGAAUACUUUAAUUGAGGAGGUUUAA